CCAUUCCCCCAGUCCCGAGCCUUUUUCCCGCCCCUGCUGCCCCGGUAGCGGAAGCGGGUUUCUCCCCCGCCGGUGACGCCAUAUUGGGUUCUGUGGAGGCAGGGGGGCGGGGGAGCGGAAGGAAGGACCCGGCUUGGCCGUCUCAACCAUGUCAGAAGGGGACAGUAUUGGCGAGUCUGUUCAUGGAAAGCCCUCUGUGGUCUAUAGAUUUUUCUCAAGACUUGGACAGAUCUACCAGUCCUGGUUAGACAAAUCUACUCCGUACACUGCAGUGCGAUGGAUUGUAACUUUGGGUCUGAGUUUUAUCUACAUGAUUAGAGUUUAUUUACUGCAGGGUUGGUACAUUGUGACAUAUGCCUUGGGAAUCUACCAUCUAAAUCUCUUCAUAGCUUUCUUGUCACCAAAGGUAGACCCCUCUUUAAUGGAAGAUUCAGAUGAUGGCCCUUCCUUACCUACAAGGCAAAAUGAAGAAUUUCGGCCUUUUAUUAGAAGGCUCCCAGAGUUUAAAUUCUGGCACUCUGCCACUAAAGGAAUCCUGGUUGCUAUGGCCUGUACAUUCUUCGAGGCUUUCAACGUUCCUGUUUUUUGGCCAAUCCUUGUGAUGUACUUCAUUAUGCUAUUUUGUAUCACUAUGAAGAGGCAAAUCAAGCACAUGAUAAAGUACAGAUAUAUACCCUUCACACAUGGCAAGAGGAAAUACAAAGGGAAAGAAGAUGCUGGGAAGACCUUUGCUAGCUAGAAGCUGCAAUCAACCUGGUGACCAAUUCUGCUUCGAACUAAAGGAACGAUUUUGAGCCAUUGUAACAAUGCCUUUUUUCUUCAUAAAAAAUAUGAUUAACAGAGUGAUGGCAAAGCAGUUGAAUUUUCAUUUUGAGAGGAUCUUGCUAUUUUUAUCUGAAAUAUCAGUUUCUUGAAGAAACUGGCAUUCUAACCAAAUUGCAUUGAGUUUAUUACCUUUUGUAAGAUGUUGCAGAAACUUUGGUUAAUCCCGUGGGUUUGGGAUCAUGGAUUUCUUUCAAGAUCCAUUGCACUGGAGAGAUUAAUUGCUGAAGAGCUGGAUAUUUUUACGUAGUUCUCCCGCUCACAAUCACCCUGAAGUGCUGUGCACAUACGUGGAGGAAAAAUGCAAGAUGGCACACGUGAUGCUGUUGUCUGCUUUGUGGCCAUGUGCUCUUUUCAUAGAAAAAUUCAGUAGACUUAAAGAGAUGCAGAACUUAAGCCAGUUUCCUAAAUGCAUGGUAUUACUGACUUAUGCCAAACAAAUAUAGUCAUAAGAAAUUUAAUAAGUUAUGGGUUUUGCAGUAGGGAACAAGUACUAUGCUAGCUUCUGAAGUAACUCAUUUGUGUUGGGUUUUAAUGCCAGUUUCACCACUACAUCUAGCAGCUGCUAAAAUUGGGCUCUUUCAUGAUGACUCAAAACUUUGUUCAAACUCUAUCACAAUUUCCUUUGAGGACCUGGAAUGAUAAAUAUAUAUAUAUUUUAAUGGUUAUUAGUUGGAGUUUCUUUCAUACUUAAGGGUUUCUUGAUUAUUUAAGCUGACUUCGUGCAGCCCCUUCUGAAUAUACCCAAACUGGCCAUAGCAGACAAAACAGAGUGGGUUUUAAUGCAGCUUUUCAUUUUCUAUGGGGAAAAAAAAAUCAGAGAUGAAUGACCUGCAUGUAAACUUUUUCAUGUGAUACAACUGAAGUUUUAUUAAGUAACUUUUUAAUUCCAAAAUUUAUUAAAAGACAGUGUUCCCCUUACUUGUUCUCUCUUUAUACACAUACAUUGAACUAACAGUAUUUAUGGCUCCUUCUCAAUAAUGGUUACUCAUUUUAUUUUCAUGCAAUGCCUUUUUCAACUCUUCAGGGAGCAUUUACUUGCAGGAAGUAAGAAAGUAUUAGCUCUUUGAAGAUUCUGAGAAUAGUGGCAACUUCAACAGACACCUGACUGGAAAAUAUAUGUAGAAGCUUUCAUAUGAUUUUGUCAAAUGAAGCCAUUAUGGAGCUCUGGAAUUCAGCCUUCAGUAAAGCUGGGAAAAUGACAAGUAGUUUUAGUUCACAUUGACUGUUGGGGUUUUUUUGUUUGUUUGUUUGCAUGUGUUUGUUUUACUGGCUGUGUGGAAGCCAGUAAUGUCAAAAUUAAAAAAUGUGGAAACAAAAGUAUCCAGAAAGGGCCUUGUAAAGGUAGCCCUCAUGGAUGCUUGCAGACUAUUGCCAAGUAUCUGAAAGCCCUGUCUUCAGAAGCUGUCUUCAGGUCUGCUGGAGUUUCUGAGACUAUGGGCAAAUCAGGGAGAACAGUACAAAAAUGUUUAUGUCAUAUGGUCAAGAACCAUGUUAGAAGAAACAGAAGGGUAGAGGCAGAAAUAGAUUUAUUCUGUAAAAAAUGAAGUGCCACCUUGCACAGACAGUUACCAGUUUUAUAAUAAAGUCUUUUUCUUGGACCAA